CUCUCAUAUUGCGAUAUUCCAAGGUCACGAAACUUCAGUCAGAUCCACGCCAUUACGACGCUGAGACUACGCCCUCAUCCAAUAGAAAACUCUCUUAGGGCACCUUCGAUCGCAUCACUCUACUCUGACGCCUCGCACGCGUCUCUUAAUUGUGUUGUGCUAGCUGUCUGCAAGUGCGUGCCUGUGUACCAAGACUCGUUGAUGAUACUCAGGACAGUGAUCUGAUAUCCGUGGGUGGGCUUUUGAGCGACGCGACCUACGAGUGAGUUCGGCCGACUAGGAGCCAGAAGUGUCGUUGCCUGUAUACGUCGACCAUGUCUCGUAAACUACAGAAGUUCCUGGUCCUCUUGGACAACGAAACCCUGCUAUAUUUUCCCGGUUCCUUCCUAUCGGGAAAAGUUGUGGUGGAGCUUGAUGAAGAAAUAGCUGUCACAGGCCUGUACUUCCACAUCGUCGGAGAAGGCGUGGUGCGACUCACGGACAAGUCCAAAGUGAACACGUCCGACCGGGAAAACUACAUCGACUUCCGCAUGAGGCUGCUCGGCGAGAACACGCCCAAAGGCUCACCUGCUCGAGUGGUGUUUCUCUCCCCGGGCGUACACUCGUUCCCGUUCAAGCUGGGCCUUCCCCUGGGACUUCCCUCUACUUUCCUGGGCAAGCACGGCUGGGUCCAGUAUUUCUGCAAGGCAGCUCUCAAGGAGCCCAGCGGGCUGACGCACAAGAACCAGCAGGUCUUCAUCGUCAUGAGCCCCAUCGACUUGAACCUAGAGCCGACCUUACUCACGCAACCAUUCCACUGCGAGGUGGAGGAGAGUCUCGGCAUGGCGUGCUUCUCGUCGGGCCGGCUGUCAUGUCGCGUGAGGCUCGACAAGGGCGGCUACGUGCCGGGCGAAAGCAUCUGCAUCUUCGCCAGCAUCGAGAACAACACGCGCGUCACCAUCCGCAAGACCAGGGCCGUGCUCACUGAGACGAUCCAGUACACGGCCAAGAACAAGGUCGUUCAGGCUGAGACGCGCGAGCUGGCGUUCCUGGAGAAAGGCCGCAUCGACGCAGGCACCACGGACCAGUGGCGCAACGAGAUGCUUUACAUUCCACCCAUACCACCCACGAACCUGCGCGGAUGCCACCUCAUACGGAUCCAGUAUGACGUAUAUUUCAUCAUUUCGCCCAAGGGACCGGGAAAGGAAAUCCGCCUGCAGUUGCCAAUCAUGAUGGCUACCUACCCGAUACGCAACAGUGACGGUACGCUGCAACGAAAGAAGGGCACCCACUACCCUACUGUGCUGCCCGUCUUCAGGCCAUGGCUUAACACGGACAAGUUCAAGACGUAGCCACAACUUCCCAACUCAGUGUCCGUCUUUACGCUUCCUUAAAAUCCCUGGGUAACUUUCUUUUUAGCACCCGUUUCGGUGUUGCUGAGCAAGGUUGUAUCAUCACCGCGGUAGAUGUGGAUUGUGCGAGCAUGUAUAGUGCCGCUAUCAUUUGCAGCCGUUAUAAACUCCAUGGCUCGCGGUGCCUAAUGUUCUUACCUGCACAACCUUUCGUGUGCGCCGUGUCUGUAGCAUUUGUUAACGAACACAGGUGCUGACGACGAGAUUGUACUUUGAAGAUAGAGAAGAUGUUAACAUCCGAUACCCGCAAUGAGAUCCGACGAAGCGUGUGGCAAAGACAAGUCGAAGUCAGUUGUCUGCAUCCUCUCGUCUAUAAGUGAAGGACAGAGAGAGAGAAAUAGUGAAAUAAAACACAAAGAGGCGAGUAUUUGGGGUCGACCGAAUCCUUGCUGGUGCGAGCCUGAUGAAACGAUACAAAAUGCGUUUCCUCUCCACAGAUGGUAGAGUUGGAUAAAAUAUUGACUACGUUGCUUAGCUCGUGAUUUUGCUGUAUGAAUAUACCGCUGCUUACUUUGCUUUGCAACUUUUUUCAUCAGAGCGAUUUGAAGACGUGCGAGUAUACGGUGCCGAAAAGUGAUGAGGAAUUUUUGUUUUCUAGCAACUCAGCAAACUCCAACUUUACAUUGCCUUGCACUUACAAGAAACAUAAUAAUUGUGAAACCCAGAUAUAUCGGAACUCUCAAGCCCAAGGGUAGAAACUCAACGGGGGAAUUAACAUAGCUAUAGACGUCAAAAUCGAAGGCUUUUAUCCAUCAAUUCCUGACGCAGCUUCGUGACCAUAUAGGCCUAUAUAUCCAUGUUAAUGUGUGUGUGUGUGUUAGUUAGGAAUUAGAGUAGUUUAAUUACCAAAAGCACGAAUAACGCGUGCCUAGGAUAUAAAAAUCUUGUAAUCGCGAGACCAAGGAACGACAAUUAUAUAAACUGCAUUACACGACAUGAACGUUUCCGGCUAAACGUGCCAAAGCGAUCUCCGCAUCAGUAACAAUGUUUAUGUAAUUUUCCUUUUUCCUUUCUGUACAUUGCGUGACUGUCCAAACUGCUUCUACUCGUAUUAUGUAAUGUGUACAUGUAAACAUUACAUUUUACAGUAAGUUUGCUCUGUCUACACUAGUUUAACUUCAUCUUCUAGUGAGAUGUAUGACCGUAGUGAGAUGUAUUCUCCGAGAAAACUUGUUUCAAGAAGUUUGUGUUCUCUACGCAUGUGAGUCGGCUAGUAAAUGCACUGCCAUGACGUUGAAGAUUAUCAGUACUGUUUAUGUUACAUUGUGAAAUAUACUCUGGCGCAUAUAUGUAGCAUUUCCUAACAUAAUAAAUGCUCAGGACGGGUAGCUAAGCCGUCAGACUUUGUUUCUUAAUUAGUGGUCUGUGCAAGUUUCUUCUUUAUUUAUUCUUGCUUGCCACCAAAUGAAUUGCCGUAGCAAGUUGUUUUCUUGCUGGUAUGCUUAUGUUGUGCGUUAGUUCAAAUGAUAUGCAAGUGCGCAGUACUUGGUCUUCUUCCAAUAUAAAAUAUAUUUGUUCAUAGAAACAGUCACUGAACCAACGGACUCAUGUGGCAUAUACUUUUAGUCUCGGAACUGUACUUACGUUACGGGAACAAAGAACAACGUCAUUUAUUACCAGUUUUCAAAUAAAGACUAGACUUGCACUGCACUAGAGCUAAUUCAAUACCCUAGUGGAAGAGUCGAUCACACCAGCGUGUAGUACUUUGUUGGGUAAUAAAUUAUCAUGCAUUUCUGGCCUAUUCGGCCGAGAAAACAAGUGAGAAGUUGCCACACGAGUUUUCGAGAAAAUUCUAUUCCUGCGUACACCCGCUUUAUUUUAAACUAUUACCUGGAAACUAUUUGGUGCUCUUAAAAUGUGCGAAGUCAUGUUAGUUUGCUGAAUGAAUAUUACAGCGUUCUAACAAUGAGUGUCCCAUCUUUGCGUCGUUUCGUGGCUUACUGUACCAUGCCUCGGGUAGCGGCGAAACUUAAGUGCUCUUCAUUUAGUACGAGUGAGACUUGCUUGAGAGGAACGUUCCUGUGACACAACUUGCAGGCAUGGCCGCCUGCUUGUAAGCGAGCAUAAAGUCAAGCUGGCAUAUAAUCUACAAUUGUAUCAGCAAACUAGUUGAUUGUACAAAAAAGAAAAGUGUUGCAUGCUUGCGUACGCCUAAUAAAAAUUAUGUUCCACAAAUGUGUUCCUUGUAAAAUUUGAACUGUCAUUUUAUGAAGCAGCAUUUUGCCUGCUAACCUGUCUUCAAACGAAUGCGAGUUCUGCUCGCUUUAAUACAAUUAGUGAAAAAAUGAUUUUGUUAGACUCGCGAAAACCUCCGCGGGAUUUUCUACCAUUGACGUUUGCAGUAUAGGUUAUCGUGUUACGCUAAGUUCAGAGAUGUAUAGAACAUUUAAACGCCAAGGAAAGCUAGGAAAGUAUGCUGAUAUUCACAUGUUGGCGCAGCGUUGUGUAAACUUGUUUUAUGUUUUAAUGAAAAUGUAAGUGAAUGAUAUAAACUUAUAGUCAUAUGCAUAAUGGUGAUACUACAGUAAGGUUUUAGUUUCUCAAAUGCAACAGUGAAAUUAGGUAAGAAACUAAUAAAAAUUUACUCUAACAGAAAAAGUUUAUGGCUUCAAGCACCUUGGAAGCUCGAUUGACACAAUUGACAACGUUUUUUUAAAAAAAUGACAACGUUCGACAUUCAUUCUAGCGAUUAAGUUAAGCGAACCAUUAAGCGCACAGGGGCGAAUGAAGUUGGGCACUUAAGCACAAAGCUUCUGGUUGUUUCGAGAAACAUGUAAAUUCGUUCGAAUAUGUGGAACAUUUGUGUGAUAGAAUGAGCAUAGAUGAUUUUUCACCAUGUUGUUUCUCUUUGAGCAGAAUAAAGAACGUUUAUGUGUA